GGACCGGAGUACAGAUGAGAACAACAUACUGCUGGCUGGCAUGGACAUUGAAUUGAUCUGAUCUGAUCUGAUCUGAAGCACGUUUUGACCUCACUCAUUCUUCUGUUUUGGGUAACGCAUAAGCUGGAACAAUUGUAUUAUUAUCAUCGCCACUACAUGUUUUCAUCCCUUCUCUGCCUCCCCCACAGACUCUGAUUCACCACCUACUUUCCCAAACACCAUCCUGCGAUGUAAGCGCUCUCUCCGUAUGACGUACCGGCCGUGCAAUUUUGUAUGCGAUUUUCAAUCUUAAAAGUCAAGACCCAAUUUUCUAUUCAUCGCAGGCCACUCACCAAACUUUAAGCACCGCAGUUUGGUCAAUCCGUGGCUCGAGGGUUGGUAGCUCAAUUAUCAGAACUUGUUUCUUGGCUCACCUGGUCCAGAGGAAAAUAUCCGGCAGAAGGAAAAGAUUCGGGAUUCUAGAUUUCUGCCUUUCCCUCUUUUUAGCAUCUUAUUGUUCCGAUGGUCCCCUAAACUAUUUCUCAAUUCCUUCUAUUUACAAGAUUUUAGACUUGUUCUUAGCAUCAAUCACACAAGGGGACCUUGAGAUACGAAAAAUAGAGAACGAACAUCUCCUGGGAUACCUCUGUGUUUUCACGCUCGUUUCUUUUGUUUACAGAAGAUAAGCAAAAAUGCAAUCGCGGCGGGAAUCUGCGAUUGAAGAUCCAAACUUCUUAACAACAGCGGGAACAGAAUUGCCAACUUUAUCGACGUCCGGAUUAUCUGGGAACAGUGCAAGAAGGAACAGCAGAAGAGGAAGUAUUGGGGCAUCGACAGCACGUACAUCGGCGAAUUCGCUAGCACAACAAAACACCCUGAAUUCUCAAGGAACAACCGGACAACCACAACGACCUCCGCCACCGGCAUGGCGACCAACUAUUCGAAUCAGACGAUUGCCAUCGGCGGCCAAUCUUCGUGCUGGAAAUUUGCAGAUUAAUCAACCUUAUGAUGAUACUUCUCGGAGAGAUUGGCAGACCCGCAAUAACUCAACUCCACACGUCGACAACCACCUCACAUCGGUCGACAAUACUGUUGAUACAUCGAACAGGCGGCGAAGUAGUUCUGAACCGCAACGUCCAGCAUGGUUAACCUCCCAAUCGGCUACAACUACUGGCCCACCACGAGUUAGAGCCGGUUCAUAUAUCCCGUCCACCAUUGAAGAGGCUUCUGCAACAAAGCAAGAAGGUCCAAUCUUUGCUUCAAUUAAUACCGGUGGAAAUAACGCGACAGAUGAAGCCCCUCCUCCUCUACAACACUCUCAUACCCUUAGUGAAGGGGUUCCAACUUCACAAGAUGAAUACGACACUGAUCUUGUUGACCUCCUUGAUUUAAUUGAUCCCGAAAUUUCUACAUUGACAAGUCUUACUAAUAUUCAAAACUCUUUAUUUAUUCCAUCACUGGGAAACCUAUUUAACCGUAAUCCAACAUAUAACCUCACCCGAAAUGAACUUGCCCGUCGCCCAACCAAUGAUCUCGCUCGUCAGCAAACAAAUGGUCUUUCUCGUCGUCCAACAAACUUGGCGGAUCUUCCAACAAUAGAAGAGCCUGGGCCAAAUGGUGAAUUGGGACAAACUCUCCCUCGUCCAGAAAGGCCUCGACUUCAAAGCAGAGAUACCGGUGCUUUUACUCUCACUGAAUCCAUAUCACAUCCAGAUGAGGAACAUCCUCAUUAUGCGGUAGUCCCGGAAGGCAUUAAUUUGGAUGGUUGGUCACCAGAGGAUAAAGAAGAACUUAAUGAUCAUGUGCGCCAUUUGUUACAUUCAAGAAGAGAAGGAUUCAAGCGAGCAAUGAAAGGAUUUGGACAAUAUGUUAGAAAGCCUCUCGGAUUCUUCGUUACCCUAUAUGCUAUUCUCAUUACUUUAUUUGGAUUGGCAUGGGUUCUCUUUCUGAUUGGUUGGGUUAAUGUUGGAAGUAGACGUCUCUACGUGAUCAACGUUAUUGACAAUGUUCUUGUUGCCCUUUUCGCUAUUAUGGGUGAUGGACUUGCUCCAUUUCGGGCCAUCGACACUUACCACAUGAUAUACAUAGCUCAUUAUCAUCACCUAACAUGGCGACUCCGCAAAGAAAAGUCUCUACCAAAAUUAGAAGAUCAUAAUGAUUUACCAGCGAUAUUGCCGGAAGAUCUAGAAGAUCAGAUUGUCGAAGAUGAAGUAUCAGUCCUCAAUCCAGCCCAACAAAAGAAACUCCAACAUCAUCAAAAGAAAUUCAACCGAUCUCAUACCUUUUAUAAGCCUCACGAAACUAAUACACAUCACGCCUUUCCUCUCAGAUUACUUGUCGCUGUGGUUGUUCUUCUGGAUUGCCAUUCCCUUCUUCAAAUAGCUCUUGGUACAUGUACCUGGGCAAUUAGUUAUAAGACUAGACCAUUCGCGUUAACUACAGUUAUUCUAUGCUGUAGUAUUACAGUCAAUAUAACAGCUGGUGUACUUAUCAGCAUUGGAGAUCAUCGGACUAGAAAGAAGGAUGUUUUGGAAAGAAUGUUUAAGCAGGAUCUGACCAAAGAGGCUAUACAUAAGAUGGAGAAGGCUAGAGAAAAGGAAAAGGAAAGAAAUGGUGAACUGGAGGCUGAAAAUAAAGCAGAGAUUGAUUUUCUAAGGGACAAUAGACAAAAUGCUAAAGGGGAAAAGAAAGAGGCGGGAAUCGAAAUUGAGGGUGAAAACGGACAAAGUGAUACUAAAACUUCGGCUUAAGCUAGUAGUAGUUCGAAAGAUCUAUGGGGUUGUAUAUGGAGAAUAUGAGGGAUGUGUUGAGUAAAUUCUUGACAAGAUAAUUGGGAUACGAGUUUGAGAAUUGCAUGGGCGUGGGUGCGUGAUGAUGGAUGAUGGAUGAUGAAUGUUGGAUAGAUGGGAAUUUUAUAUAAUAGAUACCAGAGGCUUCUUCAUUGCCAUUUUACUUCUUUUAAUUACUUCGACGAGUUAUGAAACAAUUAUAUCACAAGGCAAUUUCGCUUUUUGCUUUUGUCUCUCGA